UUUUUUAGGAAAACUUGGAUAAAGCUAGGUUAGCUGGAUAACAAUGUGUAUUUUUUAAUAUACAGAAGUUAGUUACAUUGAGCUUGCUAUUAUUCCUAACACAAAGGAAUAGACAAAGCGUCCACUCCGAGAAGUCCUUCUUGGGGUCAUCUUGCAGAAGGCUGCUCACUGGUAGCCCCGCCCACCGCCUGCCAAUCACUCUUAAAGGCCACGUCUCAGCUUUUUUCACAUCCAGUUUUACAGCAGAAACCUUUCAUCCCUGAAUGCGAGCGCAUUGCUGAGCAGAAGGUGAAUAAAGCAGACAGUAUGCUGCGGUGGAGAGUGUCGAAGCCCACCGUGCUGAGUCUGGUGUUAAUCCAGGCGGCUGCAGUGGUGCUUCUGUAUGGAUGGUACAGCCGUCCACCGUCUCCAAACACGGCUGCGUCCGAGGGCAAGGUGCAUGUGCUGCUGCUGUCCUCAUGGAGAUCCGGCUCCUCGUUCCUGGGCCAGGUGUUCAACCAGCAUCCGGAUGUCUUUUACCUGAUGGAGCCCGGCUGGCACGUGUGGACGUCUAUCCAGAAGGCCGGCGCACGCAGCAUGCGGAUGGCGGUGCGCGAUAUGAUUCGCAGCAUCUUUCAAUGUGACAUGUCGGUGAUGGACGCUUACAUGCCCCAGCCGCGCAACGUCUCCAACCUCUUCAUGUGGAGCCACAGCCGCGCGCUCUGCUCGCCGCCCGCUUGUUUUCUCACGGCACGCGACGAGAUUAGCAAAGAGCAAGACUGCAAGCUGCACUGUGACACGCAAGGUUUGAAGCUUGCCGAGGCUGCGUGUCGGACUUACAGCCAUGUGGUGCUAAAAGAGGUGCGUUUCUUCGAGUUGGAGUCACUGUAUCCACUAUUGCGCGACCCGAGUUUGGAUCUGCGCAUCAUCCAUCUGGUUCGUGAUCCUCGAGCGGUACUUCGUUCCCGCGAGCAGUCGGUCAAAGCCCUGCUCAAAGACAGUGCUAUAGUCCUGGAGCAGGCUAAUGUCCCGGAAAAGGAUAAAUCUUAUCAGGUCCUGCAGGAGAUUUGUCGCAGCCAUGUGCGAAUUUAUGAAACCGCCACGUUAAAGCCACCUGAUUUCCUAAGGGGGCGCUAUAAGAUGGUCCGUUAUGAGGAUCUAGUGCGCAACACGCUGUCUGAGAUCGAAGCCAUGUAUGAGUUUGUGGGUUUGGAGCUGACCGAAGAGUUGCAGGAGUGGAUCUACCGUAUCACACAUGGGAAGGGCAAGGGAACGAAGAAGGAGGCCUUCAAGAUCACCUCGCGAAAUGCUGAGGACGUCUCCCUGGCUUGGCGAACCACCUUACCGUUUGAGAAGGUCCAGCGCAUCCAGAAGGUCUGCAAAGGAGCCAUGACUCUGCUGGGAUAUAAGACUGUGGACAGUGAGAAAGAGCAGAAGCUGCUGAAUUUAGACGUGAUGGCCCCGCGAGAGCGCUAUCGGUUCAGCUGGCUACCCUCGAAAAGCACAACCGCGAAAGUAUCGAAAACAUAAGAACUGUGGCAUUUGCCCUUCGGAUUUGUUCUCGUUCGCUUCAUACAAAAGGACAAUCGAACUUGAGUGUGCCAUUGAGCUGCAGAGAACAGGACACUCGAGCAAUAAAGCGCUGUUCUCUUCCUUAGCACAGCUUUUAACACUGGAUGCUGUUUUUGAAGAAAUUAUGGUCCAAUAAUGAACUUCAAGAUGUAUUGACACAGAAACUAUGGUGUUUUUUAGUUUGUGUAAAGAACAUUGCAUUUCAAAUUGAUGUUGUGGAUGCAGGUUGAAUCAGAUUGACCAGUUCAGAGCAGACGUCACAGUUACGCAUUGUGGUGGCAGAAAAACACUGGUAACAAGUGGAGGGGAAAAAAGGUAGCACUCUAUUUUACAGUCCUGGUUCUCCUGUACAUGGUAUGUACUUAUUAUAGUAAUAUCAAUAAUUAUUAACCCUGAACCGAACCCUAACCUUCUUUAGAUUUAGAUUACCAGUACUUUAUUAGGUACUUGCACUCUAGGUACAUGAAGGUGCAUGUAUUGUAAGAUAAAGUGCAACCACAUUUUUUUUUUUUUAGUGUUGUGCCUUUGGAUCACAGAAUUGGAAUGCAAGUUUAUCCUCCAGUUUCACAUGUUUAAGCCUAGACCCAUACUAAAAUGCAAAUCUGAGUGGUUUCAACUGAAAGAAACUAGUACUGACUGAUCUUAAAAUAUCUCUAGAUGAAAACCAAGGUUUGUGUGUUUUUUGUUUUUUUUGUUUAUAUAUAUAUAUAUAUAUAUAUGCGCGCCUAUUUUACAAAGAAAUACAUAAAUGUCCUAAUUGAACCAUGGCUUAACCCUGGCUUAGUCUGAGCCCUGUCUGUGAAACCAGGACUAAGUCUCCUAGUUUGAACUCUAUUCAACUCAACAACAGUGAGUUUGUAAAUUCUGAGAACAAAAACAAUUGUGGCAUAGAAGCUCAUGGGAAAAGGUUUUUUUCUCUCAACGGAAAUAUGAGAAUAAAGCCAUCAUUUUAAAAUAUAAACUCAAAUUUGCUUUUUUAUUAUUCAAUUAUAUGGCUUUCAUAGACCGCUAAUUAAAAACUGUAAUUUUCUGCCACCAGGUAGGCUCCGCCCACAACAACAAAAAAAACAUGUCGACAUUUUUGCAAUAACAAAAUUCGACUGUGUUUCUCGUGUUUGUGUAAUGCCAUUCAGCUUUCCAUGGAUUUACAGAGACUCUCACUGCAUGAAGCUGAAUACCAAUGUCAUUGUGAAGAAAGUAGUUCCUGGAGAUCCACUGUCCCGCAGAGUCGGGCUUCAAACCUAACCAAACACACCUGAACUUCUGAUCACUCAAAAACUCUCAGACUGGAUGUGCUUGAGCAGUUUACACCAUGGGACACGGGAGCAGGGGUCAAGACCUAGGAAGUAGUUAAUAAUUGAUUGUAUGUUAAGAUGUCAUUGUGUCAAGUGUUAUUAGUUUUGUUAGCUUAAGACCAGUUGUUGUUCAUGUUCUCGCUGGAUUUAGACUUUAAUCAAAAAAAAAAAAAAAAAGGACCAACUCCGAUUGGAUGUGCCUUUUUUUUUUUUGGUUGCCCAUCAGUUGAAUCCUUGCUACAAGUUGCUGUGAAGCACUUUGCUUAACUGAACAAAGAAAGACACAUCCAAAAGUGGAUAGAUGUGGGCACAAAAGCCAAAAAUAAUGCAGAAAUUUUACACAAAAGACAGGAUCUAAUUGCCUAAAAAGUUCCCACAAAGCUCCUAUAAGCAGGAUUUCAGCGCAUUCAGGUCUAAAUGCAAAGUAAAAACAUUUAAUCAAUGACAUACAAUUGAUUGAGUAUGUAAGUUAUGGGAAUAGCCUAAUAUUGGAUUUAAUAUGAAGAUAUUUAGGAGACCGUUAAACAAUAUAAAGUUCUGGUUAAUUCUAUUACUUGGAGAAAAGAUUGUUUAUGCCGUUAUUAUUUAUUACACACAAGGGCCAAAAGAGUUGUUGCUGCCAGUCUAUAGAUCGAGAGAAGCCUGUGCAUUACACCGGGUCAAAAGAAGGAAAACUCUUCUUCACUCAGUUAUGGUUACACGUGGCACUGCCUUAUUUUCUCCCUUGUUUUACAAGACAAAAUACAUGCAGAUUCAAGAGACUGUCUUACACUUUCACUUAGAAUCUGAAUUUAUCUUGUUUUGAGGAUGUUUAGUUACUGUGCUGGAAAGCAAAGUGAAGAUGCUCAUUUUAAAAUCACAGUUUGUCUGUGUACCAAAAUGCUUGAGUGAGAGAGAGUACUCUUAAAGGUUCAGUGUUAGCUAAAGCAAUUGGAAGAAAAUCAGCUUCAGGUAGGUUAAUGUUCUGAUUAUAUCCAUUAGAGAGAGAGAAAACCGAUUAUGAUGUUAUUCGUGUGUUUAUAUGCUCUUAAAUAUUUAAAUACUUAAAUGUUUUCAAAAUGAAUUAAUUUGAAGAGGAAAAGGAUUUUUUUUUUUUUUUUUUUGAGGUCUGCAGAUUUGUUUAUAUUUACUGAAUGUGAUAAAAAAAAAAACAUGCUCAAGGCUUUUAAAAGUGAAAAUGUAUAUAUUGAUUAGAGUAAAAAAAAAAAAAAAAAAGUUAUGAUGCCAAAUUAACAUUUUUCUAUGCCGUAUGUGCUAGGCUGUCACUAACCGAUGUUGAAGAAGUGUUGAUAAAGUGUUGUACAGACACUGCUUUAUGAUUUUAUGACUUGUUUGAUUGUGGUAAACCCGGAUAUCAGAUGCACGUCUGUGUUUUGCAGUUCUGUGGUACUGCUUUGUUUGUCCUUUGCAUAAAUGGCUUUUAUUAUUCUUUGUACCUGUUCUCUAGAAUUUCUCUGUAUACACUGACAUUUGAAACCUAAUGUGAUCAAAUGUAAACAAUUUUACAAUUGAUUUACUUUUUGUUAUGCUAAUUGAGGUAUUGUCGUUUUGUGAGGUAAUGUUUGAUUUCAAUGGAUGUUGGUAUUUUAUAGUGUUUUAUUAUGUUUGAAUCACAUUGAUUUAUAUUCAACACAUCAUGUCUUAAAUCAGUUAAAGUGUAAAUGAAAAUAAAGGUAGCACAAGAUCAAGAGUCUCUUGUGUGACUAGAAAAUAUAUUUUGUUGACUUGUGAUCAGAAGAGAAGUCUGAUAAUGCAUCCAUUACAAUCUAUUAAGUUAUACAAACUAUACAGGAAGAGAAUAAGCUUUUAGAAGUGAAACCAUGGUACCCCUUUAGCUUGUCAGUAUUUAUACUUGGCUUCAGUACGUUUUCUCUAUAGGUUUAUAAUUAAUGUUGGUCUUUUGAUUGUUUGCACCAUUAUGCAUCAUUCCGAAAUUUGCCAGUCUGAUCAAUGUGGAGAAAAAAUGUUUAGGUACCUUUACACACUUUCUUUGUCAACUGAUCAUUAAAACCCUGUUUUAAUAAUAAAAGCUUUUAUUUCUGUA